AAACAGAGCAAGCUUAGCUAUAGUAGCGAGGACCCAGCACAAACAAGCAAGCUCAGCUGACGAACAGCUUGGGUGGUCUGUCUUCAUGGGGAAAAGGAGGAAACAUGAUCAGAUAAGGGACGACGAGUCGAGCUCCUCCGAUUCCAAGCGGUAUAGGUCUUGCCACUGCCAUAAUAGAAGGAUGUUAAGUGAGGGGAUGUCUCGGGAGGGCUUUUCAGAUACCUUCUGUGACGCAGUAAUCGAAUUGAAAGACGUUAUACGGGUUAAAGUGGCCACAGAGGAAAAGUUUGAAAGAAAAAUUAAAAAGCUUAAGCAAAAGAGGGAAAAAGACAAGAACGAACAUAAGGAGGAUAUCAGAAUACUCAAGGAAGAUUUCACAAUACUCAAGGAAUAUUUCAGAAUACUGAAGGAAUCUCAUGAAGAGCUCAGAUCAAAAAUCCAAGAGAUGCCAAAAGAAGGGUGUGCUGAAGUAAAUCAUUACGAUAAAUCUCCAUCUCAGAGAUCGCAACUAAGCCAAUCAACAAGAUUUCGACUAGUAAUUGAAAAUAACGUGAGCAGAACAAUUUACAAAAAGGAAAGUGUAGAGACCGAGGAUGGCGGAGGUCACAUAAAAGUUGUCAUGUAUGAUGGUGGCAAUCGAAUUGCACCUGACCACUCUCUUGCUUCAGCAAGGGUUGAUCUAGUUCUAAUUGAAGGAUCAUUCAAUGAACCGAAGCGGGGUUCUUGGUCUAAAGAGGAGUUUGAGGAAAGCAUAAUAAAACCGCGAAAAGGAAUCACAAGGCUAGUGAAAAACGGUACAUUUGAUCUGACUGAUGGGAGUUGUGAUCAUGAAGGUGCCAUUAUUAUGGAUAAUUCGCAACAAAGGGAAGUUAAGCUUGGAGUAAUGAUUGCAGUGCAUACAGAAGUAAGAGUUCUUGAAGGAGUAUCAAAUCCUUUCAAAGUGCAAGAAGGCAAGACAAAAAAGACAGCGUCAAGCAAAAAGCGUAAAAAGCCUUCUCCAGUUCCAACGCGAAACUUGGUACAGACAACCAGCACCCACACAGCACAACAUGGUGAAGGCCAAAGUCCCAUUACUCCAGACGAGCAACAUAAUCUUCCACCACCUGUCAUUCAAGACGUAUUGCAGAAAUCAGACCGUGGAAAGCAUACCGAAUUUCUGACUGAUGACACUGCAGAGGAUAAUCGACUGAAUUAUCCACUGGCUAUUGUGCCACAGAUAGUUGAGGGAAAUGGCCUAAACGGCAACGGUCAACAAUUAUCUCAACACAUCCCAAUGCAAAUCUUGUGGCAGCCAGCCAGUGCACACUCAAUGCGAAAUGGUCAAAACUACAGUCUGCCACAAACAGGCAUUCAGAAUCCAUCGCAGGCAGCAGGAUAUUGUCCAGCCUAUCAACCCUUACUUGCUUGUGAAGAUCAGUACACUAGUUUCUCUAAUGCAAGUUCUCAACUUGCAUUUCCGAACCUUUCUGAAUACAUGACGUUGAAUGAUAUUCGCCAGUGGACUUCCAUCCCUGAAGGGGAGAUAUCUGUGGAACAUGUACAUCCUUUAAUUGUCCCGUCACAAAUUCAAGAGACUUAUGGGUCAUUUAGAUGUGGUCAAGUACUACUUCAAUGGGAUAAGCCUCAUGUGGAGCCCAAGGAACACUGGAACUUUCUUGACGAGCUCAUGCCGCUGCAUAGCACACAGUCAAGGUUUUAUGGAGAAAGUUUCCCCACUACAAGCCUCAUGGAUAAAGCCCAUAAGUUACUGGCCAGUAAUUCAUCAGGUGAUUCUGUUUUGAAGAUGAUUACCAUUAUUACGAGUCGAGCCACGCAGGCUCCUCAGAGGAGAGGCAUUCUCAUUCGUCCCAUUGAGCCAUAUGAUUCAGACGCUGACAUUUUCAGGCCACCAGUUAAGAAGCAAAGAAAUGCCAAAUAUCAAUUGCGGUUUGUCAACAGCGUCUGCAAUGACUACUACACCCAGGAACAAAUCAAAUCAGAGAAUGGAAAUCUCUUAAAGGUAGCUUUGUAUGAUGAGAAUAAUCUGGUGGUCACGUCUGGUCCGCUGUCUUCAGCUUCUGUGGAGGUCGUACUACUUCAUGGUGAUUUCAAUGCUGAUGGCCAAGAUUAUUGGACAUCAGAGGAGUUCAGUUCCUGCCUAGUGCAUCCACAAUCUGUCGAAGAACCACCGGCCUUGGUAGGUGAUUGUGCAUUGGCACUGACUGAUGGAGAGACAGACCUUGGUAAUAUUAGCUUCCAGAUUUCCUCCUUCCAUGCCAGAACUGGAAAGUUCAAGAUGGGUGUUGAGAUUAAAAACGUACGAGAAGCGAGUGCUCAAGAAGGAAUCACUAGCCCAUUUCUCGUGAGAGUUCGCCAAGGGGAAGAAUCAAGUCGCCAUCGGAUCACAUCUCCCGAAGCGUUGCUCAGAGUAAGAAUGGAAUUGCCCAAACAAGUCUGCGGGCCGCUGCAGUGCGAUGCCAGGGAAAACGUCUGCGCGUCACCGUUUGGGAUGGUGCCGUCGGCGCUGCAGGACCAGUCGUCGCCGGAGAGAAAUGAUUUGGUGGCGUCAAGGGCGGAGGACGAUGACAGCAUGGUACAGAGUGGGAGCGGCGUGUUAUUAUUCCCAGCCCCGAGGCCGCCGUCGGAGCAGGUGCAGGUGCCGCAGCCGGAGCCGGGGCUCAACUGCCCGCGCUGCAACUCCACCAACACAAAGUUCUUCAACAACAACUCCCUCACACAGCCCCACCACUUCUGCCGCGAAUGCGGCCUUGGGCUGGGCGCCACGGCCACGCUUGGCAUGACAGCGGUGCCCGCCGCCGACUGCGACAUCGCGGGUCGCGCCGCCGGGGCUCCAGCACCAGCCGCCUACGUAGCUGCCGCGGCAGCGAUGUCGACGUCAACGAAGCCUAGCACCACCGCUUGCGGCACCUCUGCGUUAAUGUCAAUGUCGAUGGUGGAGCGGGCCCGGUUGGCCAAGGUGCCGCAGCCGGAGCCGGGGCUCAAGUGCCCGCGCUGCGACUCCACCAACACCAAGUUCUGCUACUUCAACAACUACUCCCUCACCCAGCCCCGUCACUUCUGCCACACAUGCGGCCGCUCUUGGACUCGUGGCGGCGCGCUCCGCAGUGUCCGCGUGGGCAGCAGGUACAGCUGCCACGCCAAGCGCAGCACCAAGUCCAAGGCAUCCGCUAGAGAACCCGCGGCGGCAGCAGGGACAGCAUCGUCUGCAUUGACGGCAACGACGCCCAACACUACUUCUUGCACCGGCACCGCACCGCCGGGUUUCAACCAGUACUCCAUGUUCUGCACCAAGAGCGCGUCGCCGCACAGCAAUUGGUUCGCCGACAACUUCGACCCGGCAAGCCCCGGCUUCGGCUCCCCCGCUAGGCUGCUCUUUCCCCAGCAGGUGUUGAAGGGGGUCGACAUAGGGCUACAGAGCGGCAGCGGCGGCGAUUGCGAGGACGGAGCCAGUUCCACCACCAAGUGACGCCGCCGGCCAAGAGAGAUCCACAGCAGGAUUACCCAAGCGACAGGGGCAUGAACACAGACGUCGUCUAUCAACGGUGACGGCUAGAAUUUCUAUUCCACCACUAAAAGCAUCUCCAACAGCCGUAUAAACCCAAUAAAAAAUAUAACACGUCAUUAUAACACUUUAAUGCAUAAGGACUAAUAUUAUUUUA